AUGGUAACGUGUCUGAGCGGUGGAAUUCCUCAUAGUCAUCGGACGAAUCUGAAGACUUGUCAUGGGGACUGUUGUCGGGGUCAUAACCGGGGCCUUCACCCUCACCCGUCCACGGCAACUGCUCCUCUCCACUAUUAUGGGGAGGAAGAGGGUCUAGAUGGGAGGAAUGCACCCUUGAAGGAUGAAGACAGGAUCUUCACAAACCUCUAUGGUCGUCAUGAUUGGCGUCUGAAGGGAGCUCUUAAGAGGGGAGACUGGUAUAAAACAAAAGAAAUAAUCCUGAAAGGACCUGAGUGGAUUACAAAUGAAGCCAAGAUAUCUGGUUUACGAGGGCGGGGAGGUGCUGGCUUUCCCACAGGCAUGAAAUGGAGUUUCAUGCAUAAGCCAUCUGAUGGGAGGUAUGAUUAGAUUUGAAAAUAGAUAUGA